UACUAUGUAAAAGCGGAAGCUGUUGGGUUGUUCUCAAUGUAGUGCACUUACAUAUGGAACGAUAAGGCAUUGGGGAUCGAGCCAGAAUAGCUUCUCAUUGCUAGUCAGUGAGGGGGUUGUUUUUAUUGUUGUACCAGCGAAUGCGGUGUUUCAUUGCAUUAAGAAUCAGAACAGAGGUUCGGUUUGAUGUUCUCCAGAAACAAUAAGCUUUGUUGAGCUCGCGCGCUGAGUCUGUGGUGUACAUCCAGAUAAACUUCCUGUUUCUCCCUCACUGAAGUUGGCAUUCAGCAGCAGAAAUGUGGGGUGAAAUCGAUCCAUGCACCAAACCUGCAGGUCCUGAACUCUACAAGAUUCACCAGAAUGCCUGUGAGCCCUCAAACUCAUGUGGAAGCUCUCAAAGCAAUUUCAUCGCCAAUGGUGAAGAUUCCAGCCCACUGGAUGCCAUGAUAUCAGCUAUAGUGGUCAGUGGGUGUCCAGUAAAGCACCAGCAGCUGGAAGAGCCUGCCCUUACUGUGAAGGAGAAAAAGCAGUUGUUGAUGGAACAGUAUAAUACCAACCCGGUAGACUUUCUUGAGCGCUAUCACACUCAUUUGAAACCAGAGCAUUUGGUGGCUUUCUCACAUGUGAGCAAUGACCAUAAAACACAGCGUUACUAUACAGAAGUUCAGAAACGGGCCAAGAGGGCGCGCAAACGACGCUACGCAGCUCUCCGUGUGCUUGAGGAGGAGGGUCAGUACUUCAGUGACGAGCAGAUGCGUUUUCGAGAGCCUCUUCUGUAUGAGCAGUACAUCGGUCAGUACUUGAGUGAUGAAGAGAGACGGCAGCACUUUCUUGAAUCUUUGCCGAAUGGCCCGAUAUGUCUGCAUCACCUGCUCCUGAGUGUUGUACAGGAGAAACAGCUCCAGAACCGCAUUCAGGAGGAAUAUGCAAAACAGGAGGAAGAGGAGGACAAGGCUGAAGAGGAAGAACAGGAACCGACAGCAGAAGACAAAGACAUGCUGAGAGAGGUCUUUAUGAUAGAUAUGCGCCACCGCUUCUUAAACGGCAAAGAUAAAGACUUUAACUACAGAGAAGUGGAUGAGAACUCUGAUUACGAUGACGACGUGGAUAGUUUAAGGCGUGAUGAAGAAAAGUACUUUGAUGAAGAGGAGGAAGAUGAAGAGGAGGAAGAAGCAGACGGUGGGAAAAAGGAAAAUGAAGACAAGGAGGAAAACAAAUGUGACAAUCUGGCGUAAAAUGAGCUCUCCAGUUGUGUCCAGUGUGAUAUCAGCACUGCUGUUUGGGGAAUCCAGGCCAGGAGAGGAUAAAGCACUCUGCAUUUCAUCAAACACGCCUAAUAACAGAGAGAGGGACGACAAAGAAAAUCAAAUCAAGUCAAGUCAAUGCACUGAACAUACCAAACAACCCUGAUCUCCAGACAUCAUACUGAAACACCACAACACUUCACACUAUUCUGUAGCAGCACACACACGAUGUACCAAGGGAUUUGUCAGUUACCUUCAGCGUGCUCUGCAAAUUUGCUCUCUCCUGGCGAUUGGGUUUUGUACGUGCCAUUGGCCUGAGGCAGUACUGGCAUACACAAACUGAAAAGAUAGCAUAAUGGGGAAUGACCAAACACAAAAUGUUGGCAUUUUGCCUGACAAAACUGAAAAAUUUAUCAUCAAAAACAAUGUAUACAUUGUUAGGUGACAUACUCAUGUUCAGAAGGUUGGUAAGGUCGAUCUACAUCCACCCAACACUGAGGUUCAGUGAUAACCCGUGCAGACAGAGAGAACCUUUUAUACUCAGACGGCGAGAUCAGAUAAAACCCUGUCAUUGGGCAACAAUAAGAUACCGUCAACAAUUACAGCAAACACCACACCCUUUCAGAAAUUACAAGAUGUUCAAGCUCAUCACCUUGCCCAGUCUUCGUGAACACACACGACGCAAUGCCACUUAUGUCUUCCUUUCGGAUGCAGUCAUAUCGCACUUGCGGCCUCAACGCAGGCACGCUGAACACGUGAAUGUCCCCUAGAUUGGUCAGGCACACUAGGCCAUUUUCACAGUAGUCCUCCGAAGCAGCACUGCAGAAGUUCACUAAAGCCACCUUCCGUACACGGCAGCCCUCAUGAGCGGUCAGCUUGAAUUUGGUCUUUGCGCUGACUUUCGGCAACGUGAACACCUGCAAUGAAUCGGACAGGAUUACUGAACAAUGGACAUGAUUACAGUUCUUCAGCCUGGUGUGUGAAGAUAGUUAAGGACAGGGGGGUUGGAGGGAGUGGACAAGUAUCAAGAUGAUGUACUGAACAAGCAUCCGACAUGCAUCCUUGGACAGAAACAGUAGAGUGAGAAAGCAGCAUGGCCAAGUGACGGUUACAACCACAUACCAAGCAUCAUUCAAUACUACAGAAGGUUUUGUGCCUUUUCCCAGAGAGAAUACAGCAGGUUUGUCUUGCAAUGAUCACAUUCAUGAGGAGUUGCCUGUGUGAUGGCCACAGCCACACAGGAUAAGAUCAUUCCACAGUCUACCUUUGCACCUUAUUAGUUUGCUACACAGUUUAUCAUUUACAGUCAUCUAUACCAAUGUUUCUCAACCACUGGGCCAUGGCCUGUUAGCGAGGCAUGAAAUGCCAUCUAGUGGGACGCAAAUUUUUUUUCCCCUAAAUUGAGGUUAAUUUUUUACUCGUAGUAGGGUACAAUUGCUGGGUUGCAUCCGACGUCACAUCCGCCUCAUUAAGCUACAAUCACACUACAGCUUGCGAUGCGUUAUCAAUGAGAAUGAGACAUUUUGAUGGCGAUGUACACGCGAGCUAAAAGUUGUGGUCACACCGUAGGUAAACACUUGACUGUGGCCUCUUUGCGCUUAUGCCUGGCACAGCUCAAACAGCUGCACACACUCAUGGAGUGCGUCGUGUGUAUGCUUAGGACCCAGUCAUUAUGGGAAACCCCUGAUACUGAUCACACAAUCAGCAUGCAUAGAUACGGACGCUGUUUUCACAGAGGCUUUGCGAAGUAUUAUGAUCACUGUCACGUUUGUUUCUAGCCAUGUUUAAAACACUGUUUAAAAUACUCUGCUUUCUGUUUCGCUUUUGUAAAUAUCACGCCUGCUAAUAAACACUUCCUGCACUUAGAUCCGUCUACCUUGUAGUGUCCUGAUCAUCUGUGUAGAACGACGUCUGCAGCACCAGGUAGUUUGAGAUGUCGGGGAACUCAACAGAUGGAUAAUUUUCCAACUUGUAGGAAAAAAUCAUUUUUUGUUAACGUGUAAGGUUCGAUCCCAUCAAGCGGUUUCUAUAUCCACUUCUUUUGAGUGGACUUCUUGGUUUUAAUAACUUGCUUGUUUGCUGUACACAAACAUGGCAAUAAGUUCUUGUGUUAAUGUAUCAGACUCCACUUUUGGAUCAUUAAUCCCUUUUGACUGAGAAUGCCCUCCAUGCAUGGUUUUAUGUUGGCUUCUGGUACAUCCAUACAGUUUUAAAUACAGUACCUACAAUUAAAAACAGGUUGUUUUUAUUGCAUUUAUUUAAUUCCUGGGCUCUCAUCUGUAACAGGGAGUGAUGCUGCAUCCCAUUCAUACACUUUACAGUAGAUUAUUAGAUUCUAAUAGAAUAGAUGAGCCAAAAUAAUUGGGGAUCUUUUUUUUUUAACUGGGCCCCGACUCGGUACAAGUAUAAAUAGGUGGGCCUCAAAGUAGAAAAGGUUGAGAACCCCUGAUCUAUACGAUGAUACUUGAAUAACUGACACAGUUUGUUUGAUUUACAGUUUAUUUGCUUUAACCUUAAAUUGUUUUAUAUGGAGUGCACACAUUCACCUGUGAAAGCUAUGUUUGUUCAUCACUAAUCAUGUGUUUCUUUGUUUGAGCUUUCUUUGAGUUACCUUGAGCGUUGGGGGCGGGCCCUUCCUGGUUGGGUAAAAGGCAUGGCUGAAGGCUGAGGAGACCCAAAUCUUGGAGUUUGCUCAUUAGGCUGUACUACGUCUCACCAUGUGCCCGAGGGGGAUUUUGGCUUUAUUUAAUUUUGCUUUGUGUCUUUUUAUAGUUAGUGUUUAUUUCCGUUUACCCCUUCUGUGUUAUUUGGUUUGGCCAAGCCACUAUAUACAUUCACCGUUUCAUUGUGUCAGGUCAGUUCUUGUUCAGUUAACAUCAUGUCAGAUGUUUGCGUCUCAAGUCAAGUUAUAUUUUGUUGAUCUUUUUUUAUAGGCCUAGUUUUUAAUUUUGGUCUUUGUAAACUUUAAAGGACCCAUGGCAUGGUGGUUUGUUGAUGCUUUAAACGGGCUCGUGGAGGCUUCCGGAUGUUAUAUCCGCAGCCUUUCUCGAAAUGAACCCUCGGCACGUAGAUAUAGCCUCCUGGGAGAAAGCCCCAUUUCAGCGCUUUUCCCAGUG